AUGAAAACUGCAUGGAAUCCAUUCAGCCAGGAUGUUCCCUUCAUCACCUUUGCCUCUCAUCCUAUUUACUGGCAUAAAGAGGGCGGUCUGCAAGAAAGAUCAACAUAUGACAUGGAAUUGUUUGCCCAAAAGUUACAAAGAGCAGUUGAAGCUAUAGGAUCGGCCUGCAUCCAUCACUCUCCGAUAGUGAUCCAGAGCUAUUUAGGACUGACAUCACUGCUCCACAACAAGACCAGCAUGGGUUUUCUUCAAGAGAUUUGGACCUACCGGCUUACCCAAGAAGAUACUCAGCGCACUAAAACUGGAUACGGUGGCACAAAAACAGGGUAUGCCGGCACCGAAACGGAUAGGGGGGGAACAAAAACUGGAUAUGCCGCACAAAGACAGGCUACGGUGGCACUAAACAGGUAUACGGUGUGCACUAAAGGUCUGGUUUAUGCUGAAUCAAUAUUCGAUUGGCAUUCUUCUGGCUCCGCGUAA